GGCCGCUGCCCGCGCCCACCUCUGACCCCAGCCGGGAGUAGCUGCUGUUUCUCAGAGAAAGAUUCGUAAGCGGGGAGCCGGUGCGGCGGCUCAAUCCUUCGUCCUUCCGCCCGUCCCUUCGGUGGCCGAGCGGCGCCCGGAGCGCGGUCGGGUCCGGGCAGCUUGCCUGGCUUUCUCCCGAGGCUCCGGCUGCUCGCCCCGUAGGUGGCUGUCGAAAGUGCCGGCCGCGCGCCGGCGCCGGCAGCCGCCGGGUGGGAAGGCUCAAGAUGGCGUGCCUGUUGGAGACCCCAAUCCGCAUGAGCGUCCUCUCGGAAGUAACAGCUAGCAGUCGCCACUAUGUCGACAGGCUAUUUGACCCUGAUCCCCAGAAAGUUCUCCAAGGUGUCAGAGACAUGAAAAAUGCUGUAAUUGGAAACAAUAAACAGAAAGCCAACCUCAUCGUUUUAGGAGCUGUCCCAAGAUUGUUGUAUUUGCUUCAACAAGAAACCUCAAGCACAGAGCUGAAAACUGAAUGUGCAGUGGUGUUAGGGAGUCUUGCAAUGGGCACAGAAAACAAUGUUAAGUCUCUACUAGACUGCCAUAUUAUCCCUGCCUUACUACAAGGACUACUGUCCCCAGACCUAAAGUUCAUUGAAGCUUGCCUCCGAUGUCUACGGACAAUCUUCACCAGCCCUGUCACUCCAGAGGAGCUGUUGUAUACAGAUGCCACGGUGAUACCACACCUCAUGGCGCUGCUGAGCAGGUCCCGCUACACCCAGGAGUAUAUCUGCCAGAUCUUCUCACACUGUUGCAAAGGACCGGACCAUCAAACAAUCUUGUUUAACCAUGGGGCAGUACAGAACAUUGCUCACCUACUAACCUCACCCUCUUACAAAGUUCGAAUGCAGGCACUGAAAUGCUUCUCGGUCUUAGCCUUUGAGAACCCCCAGGUAUCGCUGACCCUGGUGAACGUUUUGGUCGAUGGGGAAUUGUUACCUCAGAUAUUUGUGAAGAUGUUACAGAGGGAUAAGCCUAUUGAGAUGCAGCUCACGUCAGCCAAAUGUUUAACUUACAUGUGCAGAGCUGGAGCAAUUCGGACAGAUGACAGCUGUAUUGUAUUAAAAACUUUGCCUUGUUUGGUUCGAAUGUGCAGUAAGGAAAGAUUACUAGAGGAGAGAGUUGAAGGAGCUGAGACACUCGCCUAUCUGAUUGAGCCAGAUGUUGAGCUACAGAGAAUCGCUAGCAUAACCGAUCACCUCAUUGCCAUGCUUGCUGACUAUUUCAAGUAUCCCAGCUCAGUGAGUGCCAUCACUGACAUUAAAAGGCUUGAUCAUGACUUAAAACAUGCCCAUGAACUCCGCCAGGCUGCGUUCAAGCUCUAUGCCUCUCUUGGAGCAAAUGAUGAAGACAUCCGGAAGAAGAUCAUUGAGACUGAAAAUAUGAUGGACCGAAUUGUGACUGGCUUGUCUGAGUCUAGUGUCAAGGUGCGGUUAGCUGCUGUCAGAUGUUUGCACAGUUUAUCCAGAUCUGUACAGCAGCUUCGAACCAGUUUCCAGGAUCAUGCGGUGUGGAAACCUUUAAUGAAGGUUUUACAAAAUGCACCCGAUGAAAUCCUAGUAGUAGCAUCUUCCAUGUUAUGUAACCUUCUUCUUGAAUUUUCUCCAAGUAAAGAGCCAAUUUUGGAAUCAGGAGCUGUAGAACUGCUUUGUGGAUUGACACAGAGUGAAAAUCCUGCUCUACGUGUGAAUGGGAUUUGGGCUUUAAUGAAUAUGGCAUUUCAGGCCGAACAAAAAAUAAAAGCAGAUAUUUUACGAAGCUUGAGUACUGAACAGCUAUUCCGGUUAUUGUCAGAUUCAGAUUUGAACGUGCUGAUGAAGACAUUGGGACUUCUUAGAAAUCUCCUCUCCACUCGGCCUCAUAUAGAUAAGAUAAUGAGUACCCACGGGAAGCAGAUCAUGCAGGCUGUCACUCUGAUUCUGGAAGGGGAGCACAGCAUUGAGGUCAAAGAGCAGACACUGUGCAUCCUAGCCAACAUUGCAGACGGGACAACAGCAAAAGAACUUAUUAUGACCAAUGAUGACAUCCUGCAGAAAAUCAAAUAUUAUAUGGGUCAUUCACAUGUCAAACUUCAGCUUGCCGCUAUGUUUUGUAUAUCAAACCUCAUAUGGAAUGAAGAGGAAGGUUCACAGGAACGCCAGGAUAAAUUGCGAGACAUGGGCAUUGUAGAUAUUCUGCACAAACUAAGUCAGUCGCCAGACUCAAACCUCUGUGACAAGGCAAAGACGGCGCUGCAGCAGUACCUGGCAUGAUGGGAGAGCCCUGGGCACCUUCGAUCACCCCACACCUUUUAUAAGGAAGUACAGGAGCUAGCCUCAUUUGACUCCUUCUAUUUGCACACGUCACCUUGGACUGCAGGGAGCUGUUUUGCAAAGCAGUUUAGUAGGCUUAGAUCUCAAAUUCAUCUUGAGACUUUUUUUGAGGUAGUAAUUUCCUCAGAGGACUAUUGUGUUUUGUUUUGUUUUGUUUUCUGAGCUACCUGGACUCUUUAUUAGAACAAUCAAUAAUUUUCCUUUGGACCUUCAAUUUUUUGCCUAUGCUGCAGCCACUUUGUGAGCAAGAAUGAUUGUGUGUGUGUGUGCGUGUGUGUGUGAGUUUGUAUGUGUGUGCACGAGAGUCAGAAUGAAUGGCCGUGUGAGUGAGGGAUACCUCAGAUUUUUCUUUUCUUAUUUUGUGUGAAAAUCUCUUUUCUACAGAUUUUCCAGGGUUUAAGCAUUGCUUGCUGUAUAAAAAACAAAAACAAACAAAAAAAACUUUACUGAAUUAUAUACAGUUUGAAUGAAAUGUUAUUUUAAAAGCAAAACAAUUGUUUAGUGUUCCAUAAAAGUUAUGUUGAAUUUUGGUCAGAUGAAUAUUUGUAAGUAAAAAAAAUAUAUGCAUUUCUGAACCUCAACUUACAUAGAUUUUCUUUAUAAAAAAAAACAAACAAAAAGACAAAAAAAAAAAGACAAAGAAAAAGUUGGCUACAGUCUGCCUGAAUAACAGGUGCUGUACAUGGUGCUGUGCGGAUAGUAAGCUAGCAUCUUACUGCCAUCAAUAUUAGCAGGUACAAAGCCUUUGCGGGUUUUUGGGGUUUGUUUGUUUGUUUGUUUUUUCCGGCCUAAUCCAAUAAGUUCUCAGGCUUCCAAGUCGUAAGGACAGCGGAGUAGAGCAAAGUGAGGAAAUAGGAUCAUUGCAGAUUUUUGAAACAUCAGAGGGAGAUAGAGCUACUGAUAGUGGAAGCCUAUCAAGGACCAGGUAGGCUGCCUUUGACAGGACUGGGGAUCGAAAGCCUCCCAGCAUCCCUGAGUCCUGUCAUUCGUGUGACAGUAUCUGGCAGGGUCUCGAAACAGACCUGGAAAGCAGGUUGCCACUUACUGAAAACAAGCCAGAUCACCUGGUGCUUCCUGCAGCAGCAUGGGUCACUGUGAGACUAGCUUGUUCUGCCAAGACAUCCUAGAAAGAAGUAGCAAGAUGAGGCUGUUGCUCAACUGUCCCAUCAAAGGCCACACGUUAGCAGAGGAUUCCUGGGUGCUGCGCUUUCCUAGAAUGAGAUAGGAAGUCUUUUCCUGAAUGAAGCUAAAAUACUUCAUGUUGAGAGAAGGGAAGGGAAUCACCCCAUGAUGACCUAAAAUGCUUUUUUUCUUUUUUUUUUCUUUUUUUUUUUUUUUUUUUGUGUGUGUGUGUGUGUGUGUCUGCUCCAACUUCUGGUCCCUUCAAAGUAAACUCAACAGAGGUAGAAACAGCCUUCCAGCCUUCCUUUCCCUUUUCCUUUUACUAGAAGAAGAUGAGGAGCAUGGCAGGCAGGAUGUGAGGUCUGUGGUCCAGAAGCGUGCAGUGUGUGCAGCUGUUGGCGCCCACACCCUCCCUUCCACCAGCCACUCCUGGUAGUGCUGCUCCCUCACUAGCCUGCACCUUCCUUGGAAGACUUAAGUAUGGUUGAUUGCAAACGAAUGUUUUUAAGUGUAUUUAAUGCAAUGUUUCCUGUUCUCCUUAUGACCACCCAAGAUGCAAACACAGAGAUUUCCAAGUUGUUUUUUCCAGAACCUCACUGAUUUUAAAAGCUGUCACAACAGAACUUGGGUUCUGUGCAGAUGUCAGAGUGCUAAUGUGAGAAAACUAGCUUAAGGAAAGCCUAGUUUACUGGGAAUGAAGCCUUCUCAGGGCCCACUCUUUGUCACUCCUGGUGCUGAGACUGCGCCAUCCCAUAGCAUUUGUAACAAGAUACUGCAGCGUCAGUUUUAGAAAGUACCAGUAAAUGUAAAGAAACCAAUAACACGUUGCCGAGACAAUCGUGAACCCAAAUAGCAUGAGAGGGCUGAAGAUGCCGUGAACUCUGUGGGUAAAACUUGCCUGUGGGCAUAAGCAAUGGUGACGUAAAAAGUGCUUUACCAUGAUUAACUUUUUGAUUUGAAUGAAGGGAAAUGUAUUUAUUAAAACAAAGCUGUUUGCUGCUUUAUGCAGGUGCAGUGUUUGCUCAGCAAGGAAGUGGGGAGGAUGGGACAUGGUCUUAUGUCUACACCCAAGUUCUUAAUGAAGCUUCUCGCUCUAAUACUGCAUUCUGUUUCUCCUUUUGUGCCCUGAUUGUAACCCAAAUUUUAUGAACUAGAAAAGAAUGUCCAAUUUAAUAAGUUGCAUUUUUUUCCUUAAGCACUUUAUUCAGAACAAUAUAUGUUCUUCUGGUAGUGUUUGGAUAAUAUGAUUUUAACACAUGCUAAUAAAAGCCAAGAAAAGUCA